AUGCGGAAGGACUGUGCAAGGUGGGCAAAAUGUUGCAUUCAAUGCCAAAAGGCAAAAGUGCAACGACACACAAUAAGUCCUUUCCAGAAGUUUGAUAUACCAGCAGUCAGGUUCCGUCAUGUUCAUAUAGACCUAAUAGGACCCCUACCGCUGGUAAAAGGAUACAGAUAUUGCCUAACAUGUGUUGAUAGGUGUACAAGUUGGCCCGAGGUGAUCCCUUUACCAGACAUGUCAACAAAAACAGUAGCUGAAGCUUUCUUCAACACAUGGAUAUCCAGAUUUGGAAUACCUGAUAAAAUAACAAUAGAUCAAGGGAGACAAUUCGAAAGCAAUUUAUUCGCAGCGUUUACCAACUUAAUGGGCAUUCAACGAACACGUACGACACCGUACCAUCCACAGGCGAAUGGAAAAAUUGAACGCUUUCACAGGACACUUAAACAAACAAUAAUGGCUUAUGAGAAGUCAGAUUGGGUAAGCAUUUUGCCAACUAUAUUAUUAGGUUUAAGAUGUGCACUAAAAAGAGAUAAUGACAUAACACCAGCAGAAAUGGUAUAUGGACAAACAUUACGUUUACCUGGUGAUUUUUUUGAAGAAGGAAACACUUCAGAUAUACUACCAGAAACACUAGUAACUCGACUGAAAGAAAAAUUCAAUGAAUUGACACCUACAUCAGCAAAAUACAACUCAAACAGGAAACCAUUUGUAGCACCAGAGUUAAAAACAGCAGAUCAUGUAUUUAUACAACAUGACGCUGUAAGAAAACCAUUACAAAUGCCGUACGAUGGGCCGUUCAGAGUCAAUAACAGGACUGAAAAAUACUUCAACAUCAACAUAAAUGGUAAUGCGAAAAACAUAUCAAUUGACAGACUGAAGCCUGCAUUCCUACCUCAAGAAGACACAAUCCAACAUGACCACUCCUAUGAAGUGAAGGCGAAAAUUAAUAAAUCAGUGAGCUUCAAAACAUGUUCCUAUUAA